AUGUUGCAAGGAAAGAAUGCAAGUCGCGAAAAGUCUCCAAUUAUCGGUGCUAAUAUCGAAGACCAUGUGUAUCCCCCGGGUUUUGAACCACGGGUUGAUGGUGUAAAGCCUCUUAGUGUUGGUUCCUAUGAAGAACCCUUAUAUCAUCUCAACUGUACACCACUGCAUAUUAUAGCACAACAAACAACGACUGCUCGACCAAGAAAGAUACACAUAAACUUACUUGGCACCUUUGUAAACCCGCACCAUCUUGAAGAUGUCCCAGAUUUCAGCGAGGAGGGAAAGAAAGAGCAGACGAAACAACUAGUGGAAAAUUGGAAACAACUAAAAACUGAAAUAAGAGCUAUGAAAGAAGAUACUAGCAUGUAUGGGAUCAAUGCUAAGGAGCUAAGUCUGGUUCCUGAUUUAGUGCUGCCAUCCAAGUUCAAAGUUCUAGAUUUUGAAAAAUUUGAUGGCACGAGAUGUCUUUCUGCACACAUCACUAUGUUAUAUAGAAAAAUGAUCGGUUAUGUGGGGGAUGAUCAACCGCUAAUCCACUACUUUCAGGAGAGCCUGAUAGGAUCAAGCAUCCGUUGGUACAAUCGAUUGAGCAUGGCUCAUAUUAAAUCCUAUAAGGAUUUGGCUAAAGCUGGCCUAGAGCAUUAUAAACAUGUGAAGGAUGUAAGGCUUAAUCGAAUCAUGUUGCAGAGCAUGGGGAAGAAAUCUAAUGAAAGUUUCAGACAAUAA